UAUAAAAUCUGUGAUGGGUGCGCGGUGUGGGAGUUAGGUGUAAGGAGUGUGAGUCGGUUUGUUUAGUUUGACUCGAAGCUUGCUAUCAGAAGUGGCAUGUUGACCCUUGGAAGAUUUCGUCUUAUUGGGUUCGGUGAGAGGUUUCUGUCAUGCAGAUUAUAUUCUUCCAGUGCACUUGGUACAGUAGAAGAUUUUACUGUGAAGAAUGAACCUACUCUUGAGUAUCAGCCUGGGUCAAAGGAGAGAGAGCAGCUGCAAGCAGCCCUGUCAAAAUGGUCCAAGACAACUACAGAAAUCCCCGUGAUAAUUGGCGAUAAGGAAUACAAAGAUGGGGAUUUCAUUUAUCAGUUGAUGCCACACAACAGACAUCAGAAGCUGGCUAAAGUGUACCAGGCAGAUAAGAAAUUGUUAGAUAAUGCGAUAGACACUGCUUUGCAAGCACAAAAGAAAUGGGCACAGGUUCCUUGGCAAGAGAAAAUAAAAAUCUUUCAGAGAGCAGCAGAAAUGAUUGCAACAAAGUAUAGAUUUGAUCUUAAUGCAGUUACUAUGUUGGGUCAAUCCAAAACAGUGGUUCAAGCUGAAAUUGACUCAGCUUGUGAAUUAGCAGACUUCUUUAACUUUAACACCUAUUAUCUGAAAGAGAUGUUGAAAUAUCAGCCAAUAAGUGUUGACCCAAAGGUGACACUAAAUAGUGUCAGAUUCAGAGGACUGGAAGGUUUUGUAGCAGCCAUAAGCCCAUUUAAUUUCACAGCAAUUGGAGGAAAUUUGGCAUAUGCUCCUGCAUUAAUGGGUUGUGUUGUGUUAUGGAAACCAUCUGAUACAGCAGCACUUUCCAAUUAUUUAAUAUUCAAAAUCAUGCAAGAAGCAGGCUUACCUCCAGGUGUAGUUAACUUUGUACCAGCUGUUGGACCAACAUUUGGUGAUGCGAUAACUUCUCAUCCAAAUUUAGCUGCCAUAAACUUCACUGGUUCUGCACGGACAUUCGAGGUACUUUGGAAACUUGUCGGCAAUAACGUAAGCCGUUACAAGAGUUACCCACGAUUGAUUGGUGAAUGUGGUGGUAAAAAUUUCCACUUCAUUCAUCCAAGUGCUGAUGUUGAGUCUGCGUCCCUUCAGACUAUCCGUUCAGCAUUUGAGUACCAGGGGCAGAAGUGUUCCGCUUGUUCACGACUCUAUGUGCCUGCAUCAUUGUGGCCGAAGAUUAAGUCAAGACUUCUUGAAGUUCGGGAUCAGAUAAAAGUUGGAGAUCCUGCAGACUUCAAAUCAUUCAUGGGUGCUGUAAUCGAUGAGAAUGCAUUUAAGAGAAUCAAAUCGUACAUAGAUCUAGCAAAGAAGGAGUCUUCUACAACAAUCAUUGCUGGAGGAGAUUAUUCAGAUGAGAUUGGUUAUUUUAUACAACCAACAAUAAUAGAAUCUACAGCACCAAACACUAAGCAGAUGACAGAGGAAAUUUUUGGGCCUGUUCUGACUGUGUAUGUGUACAAGGACAAUGAUGUGUGGUCAACUCUGGAAAAAGUCAACACCACUACACCAUACGCUCUUACAGGAGCUGUUUUUGCAUCAGAUAGGGAAUUCAUUUCCAAAGCACAUGAUUAUCUCAUCCAUGGAGCUGGAAACUUUUAUAUUAAUGAUAAAUCGACAGGAGCAGUUGUGGCACAACAACCAUUUGGCGGUGCUAGGAAAUCAGGUACAAAUGACAAAGCUGGUGGACCACAUUAUUUACUGAGAUUCACUUCAAUACAGGCAGUGAAAGAAACAUUUGUACCCAUAAAAGACUGGCAAUAUCCUUACAUGAAGUAAGAUUGUAUGGUUCUUUUUUAUAUUUUUUGUUAUUAUUAUUAUCAUUACAACCUUCAAAUACAUUAGUUUAAGUGUUUGGCUGCUAUUAUGUAUCUAUAUUAUGUGCAUUUUGAUUGCUUCAUAUUUAUUGUGGUAUAAAUUGUUCACCUUUGUACUUGAUCAAUGAUAAAGUUCUUUUGACAUAUUUUUAUGCAAGUACUCCCUACGGUAGCAUGUUCAUGGUCCAUGCUGAAAAUAAUCGAAAUGUAGUCUUAAUAGCAAAAGACUUGGGGGCUGCUCUGCUAUUUCUUAUUGUCACUGAUAGCUUUUACUUUUCAUUGGUCUUCCAUUUUAAAUAUUGUAAUUUUAAGUGGUUUCUGCUUGCAUUGUUUAGUUACUAUGUUCUUUAUCAGCUAAUUCUAGAAAUAAAAUAUCUUACCUCUACCACUGUAAGCUACAAUUGGCUGUGAAGAAUUUCAAUAAAUGGAAGUUAAUUAGAACAUUGAGAGGAUCCCAUAUUUGAUUCAAAUGUGGGCUCUCAAAGUGAAAUUAGCAUUACACCAAGAAAUGUACAAAGUAUUUAUUAGUAAUAUAGGAUCAUGUUUAAUAAUAGUUCCUCUGAGGCAUGUGAUACUUUUUACUGCUGCAUUGUCAAACACUAAUUAUGUGUCUGUUCAUUUAUGUAUACUAAUAUCACAGAAUUAUUGUAUU